AUGGAUGAUGCCUCGCAUGUUGCUGAUUUGUUCUUUAGAGAGAUUGUGCAAUUACAUGGCAUGCCUAGAACAAUUGUUUCGAAUAGAGAUGCUAAGUUCUUGAGCUAUUUUGGAAGACUUUGUGGUGUAAGAUCUGUUCAUUCUGCUACUAAAUUUUCACCAUUUGAAAUUGUGUAUGGAUUUAAUCCUUUAACUCCGUUGGAUUUAUCUUUUUUACCUUUGACUAAGCAUGUUAAUUCAGAUGGCAAAAAGAAAGCUGACUUUGUCAAGCAGAUUCAUGAGAAAGCACGACUCAACAUUGAGCAACAAACGGAGCAGUAUGCAAAACAAGCCAACAAGGGGCGUCACAAGCAUCUUUUUGAACCCGGAGAUUGGGUUUGGUUGCAUAUGAGAAAAGAGAGAUUUCUAGUGCAAAGACAUUCCAAAUUGCUUCCAAGAGGAGAUGGACCUUUCCAAAUCCUAGAGCACAUCAAUGACAACGCUUACAAGCUAGAUUUACCAGGUGAUGAUUUGAGGGCAAUUCCUUUUCAAGAUGAGGGGAAUGAAGCAAAUCAUAACACAAAUUCAAAGGAACUUGUCCAAGUGCCAAUUGGGCUAGUUACGAGAGCACAAGCAAGGAAAUUUAAAGCUGCACUCAACAGACUGAUUCAAGAGAUCUCGUUAUUUUGGUGGGAAUUUGCAUCAGUUCUUGUUUGCCGUAAAAAACGAGUCGAGAGCAAAAGUUCUAGUUCAGCAAUCAUGUCUCAUAACAAUUCUAAGAGCACUACCGAAGAUGCUACGGAACUGGCUGAUCCAAAAGGGUUUGUGGAGGCCAUGAUGAGUGAGAUGAGGUUGGAACUAGAGCGGGUUCACGAAUAG